AUGGUGGAGGCGGCGCCCCCGGGGCCCGGGCCGCUGCGCAAGACCUUCCUGGUGCCCGAGAUCAAGUCGCUGGACCAGUACGAUUUCUCGCGGGCCAAGGCGGCCGCCAGCCUGGCUUGGGUGCUGCGGGCCGCGUUUGGGGGCGCCGAGCACGUGCCCUCCGAGCUGUGGGAGCCUUUCUACACCGACCAGUACGCGCAGGAGCACGUGAAGCCCCCGGUGACGCGGCUGCUGCUCUCGGCCGAGCUCUACUGCCGGGCCUGGCGCCAGGCGCUGCCGCAGCUCGAGAGCCCGCCCAGCCCCUCCGCGCUGCUCACCCUGCUGGCGCGGAGGGGCGCCGUGCCCGCGCUGCCCGAGCGCCCGGUGCAGGAGACCGACCUGCGGCACCAGCCCAUCCUCAUGGGAGCCCACUUGGCUGUCAUCGACGCCCUCAUGGUGGCCUUCGCCUUUGAGUGGACAAAGACGCUGCCCGGCCCCUUGGCCCUGUCCAGUUUGGAGCACAAGCUCCUUUUCUGGGUGGACACGACCAUCCGCCGGCUGCAGGAAAAGACGGAGCAGGAAGCGGCCCAGAAAGCAGCCCCUGCAGCCGCUGGCGAUGGCGUGGCUCCGGCGCAGCCCUCGUGCCCCACACGCUGGUACUGGAAGCUGGUUCCUCACGCAAUUGCCUUCUGUUUGAAGGAAUCGGGGAACAAACCCCCCAUGAUCCGCUACCGGAAGGACCGGGCUCUGGCCCGACGGGCACCCUGUUUCCCCUCCGUGACCACCCUCCAGGACCUGGCCAGUGGUGCGGCAUUGGCCGCCACCAUCCACUGCUACUGCCCGCAGCUGUUGCGGCUGGAGGAGGUGUGCCUGAAGGACCCCAUGUCAGUGGCUGACAGCCUCUACAACCUGCAGCUGGUCCAGGAGUUUUGUGCCUCACGCCUCCCCCGAGGUUGUCCUCUGGCCCUUGAAGAUCUGCUUUAUGUACCUCCACCCCUCAAGAUCAAUCUGGUGGUGCUGCUUGCUGAGAUGUUCAUGUGUUUCGAGGUGCUGAAACCCGACUUUGUGCAGGCCAAGGAUCUGCCUGAUGGUCACGCAGCUGCCUCCCCGCUGGCCUCGGACACCUCCAAUCCCCAGAACAGCGGGGGCAGUUCUCCUGUUUUCAACUUCCGCCACCCGCUGCUGUCUCCUGGUGGCCCCCAGUCCCCCCUUCGUGGAUCCACAGGCUCACUCAAGUCCUCCCCGUCCAUGUCUCAUGUGGAGACCCUCAGCAGGGUGUGGAGCCGGCAGCUCAGCCGUCCCCUUUCCCAGGCUGUGUCCUUCAGCACCCCCUUUGGCCUGGACAGCGACGUGGACGUGGUGAUGGGGGAUCCCGUCCUUCUCCGUUCUGUCAGCUCCGACAGCCUGGGCCCCCCACGACCUGCACCUGCCCGAACCCCUGGUGCACCGGCCCCGGACUCCUCGGCUGAUCUGCCUAGCAUUGAGGAAGCACUGCAGAUUAUCCACAGCGCUGAACCCCGGCUGCUCCCCGAUGGGGCGGCUGAUGGCAGUUUCUACCUCCACUCCCCCGACGGGCCCGCCAAGCUGCCGCUGGCCUCCCCGUCGGCUUUCGAGAGCCUUUCCAAGCCCGUCGAGGAUGCUGCCAACGCCACAGGGCCCACCAAAGCGCCCCCUUAUUCGCCCCACCCGGAGAGCCCCAGAAAGGCUUUGGGCGAGGGGGCCCGCACACCAAUCUCAAUGACCGCUCAGGGGUCCCCGAAGGCCGCGACCACUCCCUCUAGCAACAGCCACAACUCCGAGGUAAAGAUGACCAGCUUUGCUGAGCGCAAGAAGCAGUUGGUCAAGGCCGAAGCGGGGCCAGCUCAGGGGAUCCCCGCUGCCUCGCCCGCCGCCCCUGAAGCCCUGAGCUCCGAGAUGAGCGAGUUGGGUGCCCGGCUGGAGGAGAAGCGUCGGGCCAUCGAGGCCCAGAAGCGGCGCAUCGAGGCUAUUUUCGCCAAGCACCGCCAGCGGCUGGGCAAGAGCGCCUUCCUGCAGAUGCAACCGGCACAGGCCGACGUCGAAGGCCCCAUCGAGGCCGAGGACGCCGAGGCCCGGCCGGACCCUGGGAGUGAGCGGGCGGCAGGUGAGGGCCAGGGGGAGCCCCCGCCGAGGCCCAAGGCUGUGACCUUCUCUCCAGAACUGGGACCUGGACCUGGAGCAGCCGAGGGCCUGGGGGACUAUAACCGGGCCGUGAGCAAACUGAGCGCCGCGCUGAGCUCCCUGCAGCGGGACAUGCAGAGACUCACGGACCAGCAGCAAAAGCUCCUGGCACCCCCUGAAGUCCCGGUGCCCGCCCCACCCCCGGCCGCCUGGGUCAUCCCCGGGCCCACGACGUCGGCAUCAUCGUUGUCAGCGGCUUCCCCGGCCCCCAAAGCUGCAUCCCCCAGCCCGGCCCGGCGGGCCCACGCGCCCCGCCGCAGCCCCGGGCCUGGCCCCAGCCCCGUGUCUCGGAGCCCCAAGCACGCGCGUCCCGCGGAGCUGCGCCUGGCACCCCUGACGCGGGUCCUCACGCCGCCCCACGAUGUCGACAGCCUCCCCCACCUGCGCAAGUUCUCCCCGAGCCAGGUCCCCGUGCAGACGCGCUCCUCCAUCCUCCUGGCCGAGGGCACCCCGCCCGAAGAGCCCCCGGCACGGCCGGGCCUGAUUGAGAUCCCCUUGGGCAGCCUGGAGCAGCCUUCAGCGGAUGAGGAGGGAGAUGCCAGCCCCCCUGGUGCGGAGGACUCCCUAGAGGAAGAGGCGUCUUCUGAAGGGGAGCCCCGGGCCGGGCUGGGGUUCUUCUAUAAGGAUGAAGACAAACCCGAGGAUGAGAUGGCCCAGAAGCGGGCCAGCCUGCUGGAGCGACAGCAGCGCCGGGCGGAGGAGGCCCGACGGCGAAAGCAGUGGCAGGAGGCAGAGAAAGAACAGCGUAGGGAGGAGGCUCUGCGGCUGGCCCAGGAGGAGGUGACCCCAAGCCCCCAGCCACCCCCCGUCGCUGUGGCCCCCGCUGGACGGGGCCCUGGCGAGGAGGAGGUGGGACCCCGGCGCGGGGACUUCACCCGGCUGGAAUACGAGCGUCGUGCCCAGCUGAAGCUCAUGGACGACCUGGACAAGGUGCUGCGGCCUCGAGCCGGGGUGCCGGGCCGGGGCGGGCGGAGGGCCACCCGGCCGCGCUCAGGCUGCUGCGACGACUCUGCACUGGCUCGAAGUCCAGCCCGUGGCCUGUUGGGCUCUCGGCUCAGCAAAGUCUACUCCCAGUCCACCCUGUCGCUUUCCACUGUGGCCAACGAGACCCCCAACAACCUCGGGGUGAAGAGGCCCACUUCUCGGGCCCCCUCUCCUUCGGGCCUCAUGUCCCCCAGCCGCCUGCCCGGGAGCCGCGAGCGUGACUGGGACAAUGGCAGCAACGCGUCGUCGCCCGCCUCGGUGCCCGAGUACACAGGGCCGCGGCUGUACAAGGAGCCCAGCGCCAAGUCCAACAAGUUCAUCAUCCACAACGCCCUGUCGCAUUGCUGCCUGGCGGGCAAGGUCAACGAGCCGCACAAGAACCGGAUUCUCGAGGAGAUCGAGAAGAGCAAGGCCAACCACUUCCUGAUCCUCUUCCGGGAUUCGAGCUGCCAGUUCCGGGCCCUGUACACCCCGUCCGGGGAGUCGGACGAGCUGCAGCGGCUCACGGGCUACGGGCCGCGGACGGUCACGCCGGCCAUGGUGGAGGGCAUCUACAAGUACAACUCGGACCGCAAGCGCUUCACGCAGAUCCCGGCCAAGACCAUGUCCAUGAGUGUGGACGCCUUCACCAUCCAGGGACACCUCUGGCAGAGCAAGAAGCCCACCACCCCCAAAAAGGGUGGCAGCACCCCCAAGUAGCCGCCUUGUCGGGCAGUCUGCGGGCCGGGCCCCAGGUGCUUCCAGGCCCCAGGCCGCCUUUCCCCGGAGGACAGCCCGUCGGGUCCUGCCUGGGUCCUGUCUGUGCCCCCCACUUUGUCUGGGUGGGGCUGGAGUCCCCACCCCCUAACUUGUGUCCCGUCCUGCUGUGGGGGCUGAGCUGGGAGGUUCAGGGACUCAGGGCUCAGCUUGGUCCCCUGUCUGUCCUCCCCACCUUCUUGAAUAAAAUAAUUUAAAGAGC